AUGUUCCGUCAAUUGGCCAGAAGAGCCGUGGCUCCUACUGCCAGAGUGGCUCCUCUUAUGAGAUCAUCCCUCAGAAACUCCAGUAUAAUCUCUGUCCACAGAGACAUUAAAGAAGACAACCCAAACAUUCCUUUCGAGUUCAACUCUGAAAACAGAAAGAGAGCCGAUGAAAUUAUUGCCAAAUACCCACCUCAAUACAAAAAGGGUGCUGUGAUGCCCUUGUUGGACUUGGGUCAGAGACAGUUGGGUUUCACCUCCAUCUCUGUCAUGAACUACGUCGCUAAGAUGUUGGACAUGCCUCCUAUGAGAGUGUACGAAGUUGCCACUUUCUACACCAUGUACAUGAGACAUCCUAUGGGUAAGCACAACAUUCAGGUUUGCACCACCACUCCAUGUCAGUUGUGUGGCUCUGACGACAUCAUGAAGGCCAUUCAGGACUAUCUCAAAAUCAAGCCUGGUCAGACCACCCCCGACAAGAUGUUUACUUUCCAGGAGGUUGAGUGUUUGGGUGCCUGUGUGAAUGCUCCUAUGAUGGCUGUUGACGAUGACUACCACGAAGACUUGACCCCAGAGAAGACCGUGGCUAUCUUGAAGACUUUGCAAGAGGGCAAGCCUUUGGAAAAGGUUGGUCCUGUUUCUGGAAGAAUCUCCUGUGAGCCUUUCAGUGGUAGAAAGGUGUUGAACGGCGCCGAGCCCAACGACGUGCGCAAGUUCACCAGAGCCGACUUGUAG